AUGCCCAAAACAGAAACCCCUAGAUGUAUAAUCAUUCGUCACGGUCAAACUGAAUGGAGCAAGUCAGGCCAAUAUACUGGCUUAACUGAUCUGCCAUUAACUCCAUAUGGUGUUAAACAAAUGAAGGCCACAAGCAAAUCAUUGUUUUUAGGCAAUAACUUUAUUAACCCUAAAAACAUAACAUAUGUUUUUACAUCACCAAGAACAAGAGCUAUUCAAACGAAAGAUCUAAUUUUGGAAAACGUUCCAGAACAUUUAAGAUCCAAUAUCAAAGUUAUUGUUGACAACGAUUUAAGAGAAUGGGAAUAUGGUGACUAUGAAGGGUUAUUGACCAACCAAAUUGUUGAAUUGAGAAAAUCAAGAGGCCUAGAUAAGGAAAGACCUUGGAAUAUUUGGAGAGAUGGUUGCGAAAAUGGUGAGUCUUCCAAACAUAUUGGUUGCAGAUUGUCUCAUGUCAUUGCUAGAAUCCAAAACUUACACCGCAAAAGUUUGGAAAAGGGUGAAAACAGUGACAUUUUGGUAUUUGCACACGGCCACACAUUAAGAUAUUUUGCAGCUUUAUGGUUCAUGAAAAAUGUCGAGAGCAUUGUAUACAAAGAUACAACACCACCAGACUUUUAUUCUCAUAUUGAAUUCAAAGAAGCUAAUGGCAAAGAUGUUACCGGCGAAUUGGAAAUUAUUAAAUUGCCUAAAUUCACCUAUUUGGUAGACAACCCAAUGUUUUUGUUGGAUGCUGGCGGUGUUGGUGUUUUAUCAUAUUCUCAUCACAACAUAGAUGAACCGGCUUUGGAACUAGCUGGUCCAUUUAAACCAGCUGUAGACGAAGAAUCUCAACAUGGUGAUAUUAAAUAG